AUGGGCCCCUAUACCGACUCCUCAUGCUGUGACGUUGCAACAAGGUGGAAUUCAACCCUACACAUGGUAGACCGCCUUUACGAACAGCGAAAGGCCAUCACCGAUUUCAUGAUGUUACAAGCGGAUAAAGGUACUCCCCUGUGUAACUUCGAUGUCAGCCAUUGGCAGCUCAUGCGUGACACCUGCCGCUUGCUCAGGCCCUUUGAGGAGGCCACGCUAUUCGUGAGUCGGCAGGACUAUGGGAUGAACGACGUCAUUCCUCUGUUGCACGUCCUGGAACAAAUGCUGUUAACAAUGGCUGGUCAGGGUGCGGUAGACGUGGCGCACAGAUCUCAACGCCACAUGACCCCUGUGGGGGCAGGACAGGAAGAAGAGGAGGAGGUAGAGGAGGACAUUUGUGCUCAGGAAUUAUUGAGUGAAAUGGGUGGUUUUUCCACUCAGCGGACAGGAGUGGAGGAGCAGGAGCAUCUGGUAGAGGAGGAGGAGGAGGAGACAGAGGACCCAGACGCACCGUGGCAGUAUGCUGUGGAGAUGGAGUCAGGGAGUCCCUCGCAUUCCUUGGCACAAAUGGCCCAUAGCAUGCUCGGUUGCUUGCGUAGCGACAGCCGAAUAAGAACCAUCAGACAGAGGGAUGACUUUUGGCUGUCCACCUUGUUGGACCCUCGCUACCGUUCAAAAAUGGUGGCCUUUUUCACACCUGCUGAGAGGGAGGCCAAAAUAACGUACUAUAAAAACCACCUAUGUAGUCAGUUGGUCUCUGCCUUUGUGCGCCAACGUCCAUCCUCAGACACUGUGGGCCCUGUGCGCUCGCGUUCCGCUGCCAUGGCAGCAAAGGAGGGGUGGGGUGGUAGGAGCAGUGGCAGCUCCACCAGCAGCGGCUGACUCAGUCUGCAGUCGAUGAUGAGUAGCUUUCUUCACCAGCGCAGUGAGGAAACUAGUAACCAGCCGCAGCAGCAGCAG